AUGGCGUUUUUGCAUGGUGAACUCGAUGAGGAGGUCUAUAUGAAGGUGCUUCCAGGUUUAGAAGUCUCACCAGGUCAAGUUUGCAAGCUUAAAAAGUCCUUGUAUGGAUUAAAACAAGCUAGUAGACAAUGGAAUUGCAAGCUCAAAUCGGUUUUACUUGAGCUAAAAUUCACUCCAAGGAAAUCAGAUUACAGCCUCUUCACCAAGAUUACAUCACGUGGAUUUACAGCAAUUCUAGUUAAUUCUGGUCAGUAUAGACGAAUUGUGGGCAAGCUUUUAUAUCUAUCAAAUACUAGACUUGAUAUAAGCUAUGCCAUUGGGAAACAGAGCAAAUUUUUGGUUUGCGCUACUACUGAACAUUUGAAGGCAGCACAUAGAGUGCUGCGUUAUAUAAAGGCUUCUCCUGCUGCAAGCCUCUUCUUUUCUGCAAAUUAUGAUUUACAACUUACUGGUUUCUCUGAGUUUGAUUGGGCUGGCUGCGUUGACUCUCGCAGAUCCAUCUAG